CGUCUGAAAGCGAGUCGUACAUGUUGCUGUCCUCGGUAAUAAUCUUUGUUGCCAUCCUACACAAAGCAGCGUAGGAGCAAAGCCAGAAUCGGCAAAUAUUGACGAGGCGACAGGCGGCUUUGAGGUGGAAGAUGGUGGCGAAGCAGAGGAUCCGCAUGGCGAACGAGAAGCACAGCAAGAACAUCACUCAGAGAGGAAACGUGGCCAAGACGCUGCGACCGCAAGAGGAAAAGUAUCCAGUGGGCCCCUGGCUGCUUGCCCUUUUUGUAUUUGUCGUGUGUGGCUCAGCAAUAUUCCAGAUCAUCCAGAGUAUCCGUAUGGGAAUGUGAUCCACAAGCAAGAUCCGGACCUCCUUCACGCCCUCACUGGUCCACUCGUCCGGUGUUGACUCAUUUUCUACGGACAGUCUCAGAGGCCGCCGGCAGCCGUCUUGUUCCUCACCUGGCUUUUACCUGUGUGAGCAAAGGUGUGAGACUCUCCACGUCCUGCGGUGCAUGGCCAGCGAGUCCUGCUGACUAUGUGCCAUUCUUCUGCACGCACACUUUGUAUUCAAAUAAAUA